CUACUUGUCAUUCAGAAAUCCCAGGAAUUCAACAGGACCAGAACCAGUCAGCACGGUAGAACACGGCCAGCAGAAGACUCGUCCUUCACUGGUGCAGCUCAGAUAAUCCGUGUUUGGACCUGAAAACGGAAUAAAAAGCGCAGAAAAGCGGCGGCAAACAGCGUAACACUGAAUGUUUGCAGCAGCAGCAGCAUGGAGAUGUGAGGUCAGACAUCACUGCUCCCAGGACUGGACUGGUGACCACUUCAUCUUCUCUCAUCGCCAUCAUACAUGCUUGUUCAUGAAGAGAGGAGAGAAACCUGAAGGAUACAGACAGAUGAGACCCAAAACGUUCCCCGCCAGCAACUACAAUGGCAACAGCCAACAAAUGCUGCAGGAGAUACGAAACAGCCUACGCAACCUGUCCAAACCCUCUGACCCACCUAAAGUGGACGCUGCAGGUCAGGGGAAAAUGGUCUCCGAUGACACGAAGCAACAAGGGCGUACCAACAACCAGAAACACCCGUACCACAAGGCCCUGCAGGAGAUCCGUAAGUCCCUGGUGCCCUUCGAGGUGAACGGUUCACUGAGCAGCGACUCGAACAUCUCAGCUCCAGACAUGAACAAACAAACGUGUGUGGAGCCACCGUACGCUGCCUUUGACCAGCCAAGCAGCGGUCGGCGCGUUGCUCCGGAUCACCUGGUGAAGCUGAAUUACCAGGACUCUGUGAGGGAGCAGAUGGGUGCUGCCAACACAAACGCUCCAGGCUUGAAAGCUGCAGGACCCUCUCACCUGCAGCAGGUGGUACUCAGGAGGUCCAGCUGGAAGGGAUCUAAGGAGUCUCUGGCUCCCAGACUCGGCCCUCUGAUGGCAGAGGGACUGAUGUACCGCUCAGACAGUCCUGGACCAGGCCCAGUCUACCCACAGGGCCUCCCUGGUCCUGGUCCUGGUCCUGGUCAGAGGUUGAACCCUCCCCUGCCUCCUCAGAUACGUAGCGUUACACCUCCUCCAGGCCGUGGCUCCGGACCUCCUGCUCCCUCCUGGGACAACAACCCAUCAAACAAGCGCUUCUCUGGAAAUCUGGACUUUCUGGGCCCACGCUGUUCUCCUGUUCCUCAGGGAGCUCGGCCUGAUGGGUACCCAAACCCACCCCCUCAGAGUCAGCGUGGGAUCAGUCCAGGACCUGGAGCCCACCAGCCCAUCAUCAUGCAAAGUUCUGGUGGGAGUAAAUUCACCUUCCCUUCCAGCUGGUCUCAGAACGGUUCUCCUCAGCAGGAUUACCUGCAGGGGGGCAGCAGACAGCCCCCUCCUCCUUACCCUGUGACCCAGAGCAGCCGGCUCAGUCCCACGGAGCAGCAGGCCUCCUCUCCUUCUUAUCUGAACGGAGGCAACAUGCUGGUUCCAAACCGCAACAGUCACAACCUGGACAUGUUCAACCUGGCUCUGUCUCAGUCCUGGUCCCAGACUCCUCUGGCCUCCAAUCAGUCCCAGUCUUCAUGUGGGACCAGCAGCAACCAGGACCUGUCCCCGUCGUGGCAGCACAACAUGGUGGUGCGCUCCAACUCGUUCAACAACAACAACAACCAGCAGCAGCAGAGUGUCAGGACUGCAGCCGGCUCACAGCCCUCUGCCACCACGGUCACUGCUGUGACCCAGGCUCCGGUCCUGCAGCCGGUCAAGAGCACGCGUGUCCAGAAACCUGAACUGCUCACUGCUGUCGCUCCCACACACCCUCCCUGGAUGCUCACAGCAUCCCCGGCUGUGCCUGCCUACCCUGAGGCCCCGCCUCCAUCUGCUCAGAUCACUGCAGAGGCUCCCAGCUACCAAGGCCCGCCUCCACCCUACCCCAAACACCUGCUGCAGCAGCAGGCCGCCCCCGGCCCCCCAGCAUACGAAGCUGCAACCAGCAGUAAGCCUGGUGCAGGCAGAGAGGAGGCUGCAGAGGAGGAAACCAGCAGCAGCAGUGACCUCCUGAGGGAGAACCCUUCAGAGGCUCCUGACAGCUCCACAGCACCAGAGAAGGACAGGAAACUGAUCACAACAUCACCUGUUCCUGUUCGACGCAACAAGAAAGACGAGGAGCGGAGAGGAGAGUCCGGUCGAGUCAACUUAUACUCCCCUCAGGCCUUCAAGUUCUUCAUGGAGCAACAUGUGGAGAACAUCCUGAAGAACCACCAGCAGAGGAUCCGCAGGAGGAAGCAGCUGGAGUGUGAGAUGCAGAGGGUUGGGUUAUCCUCUGAGGCCCAGGAGCAGAUGCGUAUGAUGCUCUGUCAGAAGGAAUCCAACUACAUCCGUCUGAAGCGUGCCAAAAUGGAGAAAUCCAUGUUCAAACGGAUCAAAACCCUGGGCAUCGGAGCCUUCGGUGAGGUGUGCCUGGCCAGGAAGGAGGACACGGGCUCGCUGUACGCCAUGAAGACGCUGCGUAAGAAGGACGUGCUGCUGAGGAACCAGGUGGCCCACGUGAAGGCUGAGCGGGACAUCCUGGCUGAGGCUGACAACGAGUGGGUGGUACGCCUCUACUACUCCUUCCAGGAUAAGGACAACCUGUACUUUGUCAUGGAGUACAUUCCUGGAGGGGACAUGAUGAGCCUGCUCAUUCGCCUGGGCAUCUUUAAAGAAGAGCUGGCCCAGUUUUACAUCGCUGAGCUCACCUGUGCUGUGGAGAGUGUCCACAAGAUGGGCUUCAUCCACCGAGACAUCAAGCCUGACAACAUCCUGAUCGAUCGAGAUGGACACAUCAAGCUGACCGACUUCGGGCUCUGCACCGGCUUCCGCUGGACCCACGACUCCAAGUAUUACCAGAGUGGGGACCACGUGAGGCAGGACAGCAUGGACUUCAGUAAGGACUGGGAGGACCAGGCCAACUGUCGCUGCUCAGAGCGUCUGAAGCCUCUGGAGAGGAGGAAGGCCCGGCAGCACCAGCGCUGUCUGGCCCACUCACUGGUGGGAACACCCAACUACAUCGCACCAGAGGUCCUGCUCAGAACAGGAUACACCCAGCUGUGUGAUUGGUGGAGCGUUGGGGUCAUCUUGUAUGAGAUGGUUGUUGGACAACCUCCCUUCUUGGCGAACACACCUCUGGAGACGCAGCUGAAGGUGAUCAACUGGAAGAGCUCGCUGCACAUUCCCCCUCAAGCUAAGCUGAGCCCUGAGGCGUCGGAUCUGAUCGUCAAACUGUGCCGUGGUCCAGAGGAUCGUCUUGGCAAGAAUGAAGAUGAGAUCAAAGCUCAUCCUUUCUUUAGAAGCAUCGACUUCUCCAGCGACCUGCGGCAGCAGGCGGCGCCGUACGUCCCCACCAUCGCCCACUCCACGGACACCUCCAACUUCGACCCCGUGGACCCAGUGAAGCUGAGGAGCAGCGAGGCCGAGGGCAACCACAACGACACCCUGAACGGUUGGUUCCGCAACGGGAAGCACCCCGAACACGCCUUCUACGAGUUCACCUUCCGCCGCUUCUUUGACGACAACGGCCACCCUUACAGCUGCCCCAAACCCAUCGACUACGAGGACUACAGCGAAGACGAGGCGGAGAGCGAGGAGCUGGAGGCAGCUGGCUGCUCCACAAAUCCAGGCCAAGACCUGGUCUACGUGUAGCUCCUGAGCCCAGCCCAGCUGCCUGUAUAUAUGUUUGUAAAGCACGGGGGAGGGGCUUGGAACGAUACAGCAUUUUAAACUUUUCACAUAGGAGAAUAUUAUUGUAGGAGCAUUCAGAGCACUGCAGACCUUUACUCUGCAGGGUCACAAAAAGCUGAAACUGAACUGGUUUAGUCAGCAGAGAAUGGAGACUGUUUAACUCUGUCAAGUGUAUUAAAUGAUUAAAACACAAAAUAUUAUUGUUUAAAAGUCAAUUCAAGCAUUAAAGUAAAGCUUUAAUGUUUAAAUUAUUUUUUCUGUAUAUAAAAAAUCAUGCUAAGUCAACUUCAGUUAACAUUCAAAUCCCAAACCCAGUAUGAAUUAGUUAAAAUUUACAGGUGAUGCUGGAGUAGAAGCUGCUUUAGAAUUUGAAUUCUUGUUAGAUUUGAAUUUAUUUGUAAAAACUUGUUUGACGAUGGGGUUUUAGUAAGUUAGCUGAUGAUUUUGCAGAGAUAAAUGGCUCUAGUGGUUCGUUGCUGUGCCUUUAAAUAACUUUCACCAAACGAUGUGWGGGGUAAUAAUCAGGCUGGCAUUUUAAAAUGAGUAGUUGAUUGAACUACAGUAGGUUUUUAUUUUUCUAAUUUAUAUCUAAAUUGUAUUUAUAAAUGAAGUUGUACACAGUGGAUGUAAAUAUUUUCUGUACCUUGUGACGUUUUCUUCCUUUGGCAGGUCCUUGUGUCCACUGCUGCUCGUUUCUCUUAAUAAUAACUUUGUUUUUAACACUAAAUCACAAAGUCUGAUUAGAUUUAAAGUUGAUUGUUUCAGCUGAUGUAACCUCAUGAUACCGCUCUGAUUGUUUUUCUGUUUUUGUAGGAAUGAUGUCUGAAUGUAGUUCUUACAGAUUUAAUGGUGACCACUGACAUUCUGCACUAGUUUUGUUUGAAUUGUGAGAAAUUUUUAUUUUCCUGUACAUUGUUGCUCUGAAAGAUUUGGGAAAAAGGACUUUCAAUAAAACCAGGUUACUGAAUUAGUCAAGUAAA